GUUCUAGCACUGAAUGCAGAAUAAUAGUCAUCGCUGGCAAAUAUCAGACUUUUGUAAGUGUGUCUUUUGGUCUUUUUCAAAAGACACACUGCUUUGGCGCCACAUGAGGGAUCAUGAGCAAAAUGACAAGAAUCUCAUCUGUUCAGAAUGCGGAGACGAGUUUACUUUGCAGAGCCAGUUGGCCCUUCAUAUGGAAGAACAUCGGCAAGAGCUGUCUGGAAGCAAAACCCACACCUGCAAAACCUGUAAGAAAGAGGUUGAAACUGCUUCCCAACUAAAGGAACAUAUGAAAACUCACUACAAAAUAAGGGUAUCAAAUACCAGGUCAUAUAAUAGAAAUAUUGACCGAAGUGGGUUUACAUAUUCAUGUCCACAUUGUGGAAAGACUUUCCAGAAACCAAGUCAGUUAACACGACAUGUUCGAAUACACACAGGUGAAAGGCCAUUUAAGUGUAGUGAAUGUGGAAAAGCUUUUAAUCAGAAAGGUGCAUUGCAAACCCAUAUGAUCAAACACACUGGUGAAAAACCGCAUCCUUGUGCCUUUUGCCCUGCAGCCUUUUCUCAGAAAGGCAACCUUCAAUCACACGUUCAAAGAGUACAUUCAGAGGUAAAGAAUGGCCCUAUGUAUAAUUGUACAGAGUGUAGUUGUAUUUUCAAAAGUUUAGGCAGCUUAAAUACUCAUAUCAGCAAGAUGCAUAUGAGCUCCACACAAAACACAACGAACUCUACUACAGAAACAGCUCAUAUUACAACGGUAACAUUAUACUCACAAAUGACUUAUCCACAGGCAGAAAAUCCAAUAACUCCAUCUGCAGGACAUCAAGGUCAGCAAUCAGUAACUGAUGUCAUUCAACAACUCCUUGAAUUGUCAGAGCCAGUGGAAAAUAAUCAGUCCCAGCCAUCUAGUCAGCAACUCAGUAUGGCUGUGGGAAUCAACAGAGAUAUUUUGCAGCAAGCCUUGGAAAAUAGUGGGCUAUCCUCAAUACCAGUUUCAGCAAACACCGACUGCAGUGAAACGAAGACUCCUCCAAGCCCAGAAGAAACUGCAGAUGCUCAGAAUCUCUCCAGCCAUCAAGUCAACUCCAACAAUACGGAACAAGUUAAAGAGCGAGACAACCCAGAGAAAGUAGAUAAAAAAGAGAAAAGGGUUCUGAAGAAAAAAUCCCCAUUUUUACCUGGGUCCAUACGUGAGGAGAACGGAAUACGAUGGCAUAUUUGCCCAUACUGCUCUAAGGAAUUUAAAAAACCCAGUGAUCUCGUACGGCAUAUACGCAUUCACACUCAUGAAAAGCCAUUCAAAUGUCCACAGUGUUUCCGGGCCUUUGCUGUGAAGAGUACUCUCACAGCACACAUAAAAACGCACACGGGCAUUAAGGCUUUUAAGUGUCAGUACUGUAUGAAGUGCUUUUCUACCUCAGGAAGUUUGAAAGUACAUAUUCGCUUGCAUACAGGUAUUAGACCGUUUGCUUGCCCACACUGUGACAAAAAGUUUCGAACUUCAGGUCACAGAAAGACGCACAUUGCUUCUCACUUUAAACAUACUGAACUGAGAAAAAUGCGGCAUCAGCGGAAACCUGCAAAAAUUCGAAUAGGCAAGAGCAACGUGCCAGUACCUGAUAUUCCUUUGCAAGAACCGAUCCUCAUCACAGAUUUAGGUCUUAUUCAGCCAAUCCCAAGGAAUAGCCAAUUUUUCCAAAAUUAUUUCAAUAAUAAUUUUGUGAAUGAAGCAGAUCGGCCAUACAAAUGCUAUUACUGUCACAGAGCUUAUAAGAAGUCUUGUCAUCUUAAACAACAUAUCCGAUCACACACUGGUGAAAAACCAUUCAAAUGUUCUCAGUGUGGAAGAGGCUUUGUAUCAGCUGGAGUGCUAAAGGCGCAUAUUCGAACCCACACUGGAUUAAAAGCAUUCAAAUGUCUUAUAUGCAACGGAGCUUUCACCACUGGAGGGAGUCUGCGGAGGCACAUGGGCAUCCAUAAUGACCUUCGGCCCUAUAUGUGCCCGUAUUGCCAAAAAACAUUCAAAACCUCAUUAAAUUGUAAAAAACAUAUGAAAACGCACAGGUAUGAGCUUGCUCAGCAGCUUCAGCAACAUCAGCAAGCUGCUUCCAUUGAUGACACGGUUGUAGAUCAGCAGAAUUUACAUGUUUCUACACAAAUGCAAGUGGAAAUUGAAAGUGAAGAGUUGCAGUCAACUGAAGCUGUUGCAACAGAUCAAGAAGCUAUUUUAGAUUUAGAACAGCAGCAGGUUGUUGACACUGAAGAAAGCGGACUCAGGCCACAGUUGACUGAUCAGUCAUUAGGUCAAGAGGAAGAUAGAUUUGUGACAUCCCAGCAUGCACUGCAAGAAAAUAUAAACCAGUUUGAGCAGCAAACUAUAGUACAGCAGUCGUUUGAUCAGCAAGGAUUAUCACAAGGUUUUACAGUUAAUGAUGGCUACAGUCAACCAAAUCAGUUUCCAGCAGUACAGCAGCUUCAGGAUUCAAGCACUCUCGAAUCUCAGGCUCUUUCAACAAGCUACCAUCAACCAAAUCUGCUUCAGGUUCCUGCCCCUGACACUAUCAAUGUAGCUACCCGGUUAGUUCAAGAUCAAUCAUCAGACCUUGAGAUGCAUAACCAGCGUUCCCAGUUUCUGGAAGAUAACGAUGAUCAAAGCAAGAGAUCUUACAGGUGUGAGUAUUGCAAUAAGGGCUUCAAGAAAUCUAGCCACUUGAAGCAGCACGUCCGUUCACACACUGGGGAGAAGCCUUAUAAAUGUCAACUCUGCGGCCGGGGAUUUGUCUCUUCUGGAGUUCUUAAAUCUCAUGAGAAAACACAUACAGGAGUUAAAGCAUUCAGUUGCAGUAUUUGUAAUACUUCCUUCACCACCAAUGGAAGCCUUACUAGACAUAUGACAACUCAUAUGAGUAUGAAGCCCUACAAGUGCCCAUUUUGUGAUGAAAGCUUCAGAACCACAGUUCACUGUAAAAAACAUAUGAAAAAGCAUCAAGCAGUGUCUUCAACAGCAGCAACGGGAGAAGUAACUGGAGGGGAAGAAGAAGAGGCAGCAUCUGAAAAGACAAGCUCUCGAAAAUCUAGGCCAGGUGUUAUCACAUUCACAGAGGAGGAAACAGCUGAACUUGCGAAGAUUAGACCUCAAGAAAGUGCCACUGUCUCUGAAAAAGUACUGGUCCAGUCUGCAGCAGAAAAGGACAGGAUUAGUGAAAUCAAAGACAAACAAGCAGAAAUGGAGGCUGAGCCAAAAUAUGCCAAUUGUUGUAGUUACUGUCCAAAAAGCUUUAAAAAACCUAGUGACUUAGUUAGGCAUGUACGUAUCCAUACGGGAGAAAAGCCUUAUAAAUGUGAUGAAUGUGGAAAAAGUUUUACUGUAAAGUCGACUUUGGACUGUCAUGUAAAAACACACACAGGUCAGAAACUUUUCAGCUGCCAUGUAUGUAGUAAUUCAUUUUCUACAAAAGGGAGUUUGAAAGUUCAUAUGCGCCUACAUACUGGAGCAAAGCCUUUUAAGUGUCCUCAUUGUGAAUUAAGGUUUCGGACUUCUGGACGCAGAAAGACUCACAUACAGUGCCAUUUUAAAUCAGAGGCCAAGAAAGCCAGGAAACCUGGUUCUCGUGCUACAGCUAAAGGUCUACAGCCAGUCAAUCUUCUUAAUUCAUCCACAAAUGAUCCUAAUGUUUUCAUCAUGAAUAAUUCGGUGCUGACAGGCCAGUUUGAGCAAAAUUUGCUCCAGCAAAGUAUCGUUGGUCAGGCUAUACUUCCUGCUUCUAUGUCAGCUGGAGGUGAUUUAACUCUAUCCUUGACAGAUGGUAGUUUGGCCACCCUUGAAGGAAUACAGUUGCAACUUGCUGCCAACUUGGUUGGACAGAAUGUUCAAAUUUCUGGAAUAGAUCCUAGUAGCAUUAACAACAUUACUUUACAGAUUGACCCCAGUCUUUUGCAACAGACUCUUCAACAGAGUAAUGUACUGAGCCAGCAGCUAACAGGAGAUCCCAGUAUGGUGUCUCAGAACUCCUCCCUACAGACAGCAGAAAGUACAGUGUCAGCAGCAAAUGUGGUAAUACAGCCCUUGUCAGGCUUGUCCUUACAGCCCAAUGUUACUUCUUCAGCAAAUAUGACAAUGGGGCCUAUGGCUGAGCAAGAAUCUGUAUUGGCUACAACUACUACAGGUUCACAGGAUCUCUCUCAAGUUAUGACUUCACAGGGAAUGGUAUCAACUGCCAAUGGUCAGCAUGAGAUUACACUGACAAUAAAUAGUUCUGGUCUGAGUCAUGUUUUAACUCAUGCUUCUAGUUCAACCACUACAAAUUCAUCAGGAACCCCUCAAGAGAUCACCCUUACUAUAUCUGAACUUAACACUUCAAACGGAAACCUUCCAGCAACACCACCCCUGUCUCAGCCAGCUCAGAAUCUAGUAAUGUCAUCUCCAGGUGUGGGAGGAGAUGGCAGUGUCACGUUGACCCUGGCAGAUACUCAGAGUAUGUUAUCUGCUGGUCUUGAUGCAGUCACACUUAAUAUCACUUCACAGGGUCAACAGUUUCCUGCUUUACUCACAGAUUCUACUCUCUCUGGGCAGACCAAUUCAAACUCGCAGCAGGUCAUAUUAGUCAGUCAUGCUCCACAUUCAGUACCUCCAAACCAUGAUGAAUUAACUUAUCAGGUGAGUGAGGUUUCUCCAACUCCGUCAAAAAGUAUUCAAAUGGAAAAAGAGGCCCGUGUGCAUCAUUGUUUUGAGUGUAGUCAAACGUUUGCUUCGAUCACCAUGCUAAUGCAGCACAGUAAGGAAGUUCAUGGAAAAGAAAGAAUCCACGUCUGUCAUAUUUGCAAUAAAGCCUUCAAACGAGCCACGCAUCUUAAGGAGCAUAUGCAAACGCAUCAGGAUGGACCAUCACUGAGUUCCCAAAAGCCAAGAGUAUUUAAAUGUGAUACUUGUGAAAAAGCCUUUGCUAAACCAAGUCAAUUGGAAAGACAUAGUCGCAUCCAUACAGGUGAGCGGCCCUUUCAGUGUACCUUGUGUGAGAAAGCUUUUAACCAGAAGAGUGCACUGCAAGUUCACAUGAAAAAACAUACAGGAGAAAGGCCGUACAAAUGCGAUUACUGUACAAUGGGCUUCACCCAGAAAAGCAACAUGAAGCUUCAUAUGAAACGGGCUCAUGGCUAUUCUGGUGCAGUGCAAGAAUCAACCAGUCAUCAAGGACAGGAAGGCGAAGACAUUAAUCGUGCUCUGAAUUUGGAAGAAGUUGUUCAAGAAUCUUCAAAUGAGUGGCAGAGUAUAACCAAUAUUUUUUGAUGACUAUAAGAUGAAAGCUCCAAAUGCUUUCAGGACUAGAAUUUUUUUUUUCUUCUAAAAAUAGUCAUCUGUGGAUUUUUACUAUUAAAGCAUAUUGCAAAUAAUAAGGAUGAUAUAGCUUUUUAAAUAUGAUGAAACACCUAAAUGAAUUUCUGUCUUUUGUAAGCAUAUAGAAUAUUUGAGAAACAUCCGAUAAACUUUGCUGUAUUGUCUACAAUCAGUGAUCUCAGGUAGAUGGAACUUGUUUAUCUUUUUUCAUUCCACCAUAAGUGUAUUCUCUAAAACAGAAAUACACCCAGACCUUGAAAUCAGUGAAGAGUGAAUCUGAAAUAGGCCUUCAGGAUGUUCUGUCAAUCAUGAGGAUGUCUUGAGUAUUUAAAACAAAUAAAAUCUUAUGGGUGCCGUAGACAGCGCAGAUAGUACAUGAUCUAAGGCUGUUUUAGACCAUUAAUUGGUGUUGCAGAUAUGUCAGGAUGAUAGCGCGUAUUCAUUUUGUUUGAUGACUGUUAUUAUUUCUCAGCUUUAAACUCAGCAAUAAUUCAAAUGAACACUUAACAACUGAGAUUCCAUGAGGUAAAUGAUAAACACAUAUAUUUUCAUAUAGAUCUUUCAGCAGAAAAACCUUUUGCUGAAUAACCAUAAAAAUAUAAGCCAUAUAUUCAAGACGGUAGGACUUAUAAGACUAUAUAUUCCCUUAAGAAGACCAAAUCAGCUGCAGGUUACGUUACAGCACAGUCAUUCUGAAAGAUAGCUCCAGAUUAGAAGUUCUUGUUACUAUUGUCAUCAAUUUGUCUUGACAGUUAUAAAAUGUUUAAAGACUACCUAGGCUUUUUCAGUAUUACUCUGAAAGGUCCCAUUUAUUUGGAAGAGGUAUAAUCAUAUCAAAACACCCACAUUGGAACAAAGCGUAUGUUCUGUUUUAGUCAUUCCAAAGACAGAAAGAUCUUGCUUAAUUUUACUUAGAAAUUUUAAAAUUUCUUUAUAUGUUAUAUAUAUGUGUGUGUGUAUAUAUACAGAUAUUUAAGCCUCUGUGUGGCUGAUGAGUAUAUUUUGUAAAUAAUAAUUCCAGUUUCAAGAAGUGUUUAUAAAGUUUUCAACUUUAGAUGAACAUUUCAAAAUCAGUAUUGAUUCAUUUUAAUGUAAUGUAGACAUGUUAUAUCUUUAUGAAAAUAUUAUUGCUUUUAAUUUGUUUCUCGGUUCCAGAAAAAAAAAACUAUCUGUACAUAUAAUUUAUAUUUUGUGUAUUAUAAGACUAGUACUUUCUAUUUUCCAAAAAAAGGAAAAAAAAUCACUGCUUUUGAUAGGACAUCUCAUAAUUUUUUUGUUAACUCUGGACAUAUGUAUAUAAGUAAUAUAGCUGGUGACUUGAAAAUAACACUUUUGUUAUGUGGAAAUAUUUAAGUCAAACAUGUUGAAUAAUAU